AUGGCUGCUCCAUCGGGCCCUCUAUGGUUGGACGUGAACCAGUCUCCUUACAGCAACAAUGGCAACGCUGUUGCCAGUGUUUUCUUCCUCGCCAUCAUCGCGGCGAGUCUCACUUGUUGCCUUGCCGUCUCAUGGAAAACACAGCGAUUCGUUCCAUUCAGUCUCGUCCUCAGCAUUACGUGCAUUCUUGAAAUAGUAUCUUACGCAUUACGAUUACAAGAAUGGUACAUUGUCAGUUACACUACGAACUUCGGGUUGUCUGUCAUAGCACCAGUCUUCCUUACCAUUGGAAUACACCUAUGUGCUGCUCAGGUACUCCAUGUGCUCGGAACAGAACAUGCAGUCCUGUCGCCUAACGCCCAUAUGCGAGUUUUCAUUUGGACCGAUCUCCUCGCCGGGCUGCUGCAAGCCAUCGGACUCGGCCUAACCUUCUCACGCGCCAAACAAGCCGGCCCAUGGGGCAUCACCUUGCCACCAGAGGCCGGCACAGGGCAAGAUAUCAUGUACGCCGGUCUUCUCCUGCAGACCGUCUCGAUGGCGGCCGCGCUGAGCCUUCUCGCCAUCGCCUACGUCAAAGCCGGGAAAGCAGACCGCAAAUAUGGGUACACGACGUUCCACAGGGAUGGACCCGGAUACGUGCCUCUCACACCUCGCUUCAAGACCUUCCUAGUUGUCCUGCCGCUCGCAGGGGUGUGCAUCCUCGUGAGGUGCGCGUACCGGUCCGCGGCAGCGUGGGGCGGGAUCGGGAGCCCGAUCGCGAGGGACCAGAUCCUGUGGCUCGUCGCCGAGGGCGUGAUGCUGACCGAGGCAAUCGCCUCGCUGGCGGCUUUCCACCCGGCAAUAUGGCUCGACGACGGCAUUAGCAGCAGGGCGUACGGCGACGACGCCGAGCACGAUGGGGCGAGGACAUCCAAGCUGAGCAAGAGGCUGACUGUCGGGACCUUCGCGACGGGCAUGACCGACAUGGAGCAUCAACACGGGAACGUCCGGGACUCGCGACAAGACCUGGCCGAGGUCAGCCAGGUCAUCUUCUCAUCGGCGCUGAUCGCCCCGUCGGAUGCCUCGUCGGACGCCUCGCACUCGCGGCGCGGCUCGGCGGGCGAGCACGGCCACGAGCACUUCAGGGACGCGGGACAUCUGAGCGGCUCGCCGUAUGACCCACACCUGCCCGCGAGGCGGUACUCGGAGGACAUAACGGCCGAGUCGCGGUGCUUGUCGCCCCUGGAGGCCGAGGAGGAGGCGGACCGGGUGUCGAUUAUACCAGAGCCGCCGAGGAAGUCCAGCAAGAGGAUCUCGCGGGCGCUGGAGAUGGCCCGACUGCAGCAGCAGCAGCGGGACCUGGAGGACGACGAUGACAAUGACCGCAUGGAGGUCGCGUCGGUCGUGCUGCCGCCGAGGAAGCCCAGCAAGAGGGAGACCAUCCACGACGGCAGGGAGGAUGAUUUGGAGGAUGUUGCGCUCACUUCGACUUAUUCUCAGUCACUUUACUCACAAUAA